ACUUAUGUGCUCUAUUGUGAGCACUGGUAUCGAUGGGGUCGGUUGGAGAAUUUCAUUCAGGUGCUUGGGUAUCACCCAGAGUUCCUGGAAUCUUUCCUGAAAACUCAUGAACACCUCUUUCACGGGGAUUUACCCAUGCCCUAUCCGGACAGACACUACUUGGCGAUUCUGGUGAGUACGGUGACUUAUUGCCGCUAG